UCCUUUAUCCUUCCUGCGCAGCAUAGCAUGUCUUUCCCUCUGCGAUCUCCGUCUUCUUUUCCUGUUUGCAAUUAAGAUUGUCUUUCGGACUCGCUCGCGACGAGCUGUUGCUACAGCCGAUGACGUUUUCUCUUCCAGGUCUUUGCAUUACUAAUAAUAACAUUGCAUCGUUCCGACAUUUCGAACCUUACACUAACAGCUGCUUGUGCUAUUCCAUGAUUGCCUCCCAUGGCUCUCACCAUGGAUGACACCUGGUCUGAGAGUUCAUCAGAGGACGAUACUGAUCCGACAACUAUUCCUCCUCUACAGUCUCGCGCUUACCAGAUUGAAAUGUUCGAGCACAGCAUGCAGGGAAACAUCAUCGCCGUGAUGGGAACAGGGAGUGGUAAGACACAGAUCGCCAAACUUCGCAUGGAGGCUGAAUUGCACCGAUCCAUCGGCAAGCGUGUUUGGUUCACAGCGCCCAGUGUCGUUCUAGCUUACCAGCAAUAUUCUUUUCUCUCAAAGCAACUCCCUGCAUUCCAGUUCAGACUGAUCACAGGUAUGGACAAUGUUGAUUACUGGACCACGCAAGAACUGUGGGAUCAAAUCCUACUGAAUGUUCAUGUUGUGGUUUCUACGCCUCGGAUCUUGCUUGAUGCCCUCAGUCAUUUUGUGUCCCUCCAAGACAUUUCAUUGCUCGUGAUUGAUGAAGCCCACCACUGUGUUGCUGGCUCCGACCUUAACACGAUCAUGCGAGUUCAUUAUGGGCAUUUGAAGGCUUCCGCCUCCAGAAACAACUUGCCGCACAUUCUGGGCCUGUCUGCCAGUCCCAUUGUCAAAAAAAGCACAUCCGAGAUUGAUCAAUUGGAGGCUAACCUCGAUGCAAAAUGCAAGGCGCCGAUGCAGCAGUUCGAACAGUACACUGCGUUUGUCAACAUGCCCGAGCUUGAGAUACUGACCUUCGAAGAGAACCUUGGUCUUCCAUCGGCUCUGUUGACUCGCUUGAAAGAUGUGACCGCCGCAGUGCAAUUGGAGGACGAUCCUUAUGUGCACGAACUUCGUCAGAGAGCCGACUUAUCAGCUCAAGAAAAACUCAAGAAGAUCCUGAAAAGAAACGCCACCUCCGGCAUGGUCGAGCUCCAAAGAUUUUCGAGGUCAAGCGCAGCCAUCCAUGCAGAUCUUGGAAGAUGGGCCGGCGACUUCUACAUCACUGCAUGCAUCCAAAAGCUUCGAGCGGUCGUGUCCUCCGACAAAGACAACCAUGGACCAGAAGUCUACCCAAUCGAUAGUUCACAAUUCAUCAAUUCAGUCCUACGAUGCUUUCACGAAUCAGCGGAUUUGAUGUACCCAGACACAUCUACUCACGAGAUCCUGUCACCAAAGGUCGAGCUUCUUUUCGAGCUUCUUACCCGAGAGUCUCGAACAGCGCUCAGGAGCCUAGUCUUUGUGCAAAGAAAAGACACCGCAUUUGCCCUUGCAGAGCUUAUCAACAGUCACCCAGCAAUGCGAGAUUUCCACGCAUUUUCAUUCGUCGGAGUCUCCAACCCUGCACAUCAAGGUGCUUUUGAUUUUGCGCAGCUGGCUAUGCAAAAUGAAAACUUGGAAAGAUUCAGACGCGGAGAGAUUAACCUCUGCAUAGCCACUUCAGUGCUUGAAGAAGGUAUUGAUGUGCCUGCCAUGAACUUGGUCAUCUGUUUUGAUGAACGACCCAAUCUCCGCAGCUUUGUCCAGAGUAGAGGAAGAGCACGACAACAAGAGUCGAAGUUCGUUAUUCUUCGCGCUAAGGAGGAGACCCGAGCGAAAGAAAUAAUGUUUCGAGACCUGGAAAACGAGAUGAAGAAGGUACGGGGUGACUCGAUUCGUGCUUUUGAAGAGUUGACAGCUGUUGAGCAGUACGAGGAAUGUGGUGGCGACAUGUUCCGCGUCCCCUCGACUGGGGCCACUCUCGCCUUCCACAAUGCCCGACCAUUACUACAGCGAUUUUGUGACAAGCUGCCGAAAAAAGAGGGAGUUGAAAUACCCGAGCUGACGUACUGCAUGGAAGGUCGGAACGGGGACGCCGUGUCUGCGAGAGUAUAUCUUCCGACCUCUUUACCACCGGACUUGCAGGUCUUCCAUUCCAAAGCACUCUGGCGGACGGAGAAAAUGGCCAAGAACGACGCGGCAUAUCAAGCGUAUCUUGCACUUUACCACGCCGGGCUGUUGACUGACAACUUAUUGCCCCGUGAAUUGCCGAAAGAUUUUGACGGUCAAAAUGCGCCAGAUAACGAGACUACCACGGGAGAAGGUGUGUGUGCCGUACAAAGCCAAUAUGAUCCGUGGCCCAUGGUGACGAAGCUGUGGUCGAUAUCCGGUCAAGUAUAUGCGCACCAGAUCGAGAUCAAAGAGGAGCACCACGAUCACCCUUCGUUGUACCUGCUCCUGCCCCUUAGAGUACCAGCAACAUCCUUCCCCCUCUACAUGACAGGAGAUCAACCCGUCCAUGUUUCCGUGCAUCAAGGACAGGAAGUCGCCAGCAACAUCACCGUAGCACGAAAAGUCAGCCUCCACUUACUGUCGACCAUCCUUGGUAGACGUCUACAGGGUAUUACUCCGAGCCAAUUUCCAUUCCUACUUGUACCCAUUCUCGAUCAGAGCUUUCUCGAAGACUGGUACAUGAAGGCGUGCGACAGUCGGCCUAUGUUGGACGUCUUGCAGGAUGGCACUUUUUCUAACUCGCAGUACCUGCUGCGAUACUGCGAAGAGUCCGUUCCAUACCUCUAUCAUCACCAAAAUAACAGUAGCGGCGUGCCAGAAGUCGGCAGUGUUGACAGUGCAAGCAUUUUUGCGACAAAGCUGACUCGAAGAUUGGAGUUUUUAUCUCCACCAGCAUUUGCAAAACCGGCCGAAAUCGCUGAAAGCAAGCUUCUUUCGGUCGUCGAUUGUGUUCUCUUAGGACUUGCUGCGGAUUAUGGGCGUCUGAUGUUACUUGUCCCUUCCAUGACUCACAUGGUUGAAGUCGCAUUGCGUUCUGCUGAAGCAUGCAAAGGCCCACUCAAGCGGCUCGAUUUCAAAAAUCUUGACAUGGUCUCGCAGGCAUUGACACUGCCCAGAGUUGGCGCCAACAACUACGAGCGCUUGGAGUUUCUGGGAGACGAUACCUUGAAAUUCUAUGCCUCCUUCCAGGUUUUUGUCGACUAUCCUCACCAUCCGGAGAAUCUAUUGACUAUCGAAAGAGGGCGUCUGAUCAACAACCAACGUCUCCAGAAGACCACACGACUACUUGGACUGGAUCGCUUCCUUACUCAGCACAAAUUUUCCUGUGCCCAGUGGACGGCCGGUGUCAGCCGCAGUCCUGUGACGGACGAGGUCCCGAUGAAGACACACCUCUCAUCGAAGACGCUAGCAGACAUUGUCGAGGCUUUGAUCGGUGCUGCCAAGAUGGACGACGCAACGAGCGACACACGCGAAGCAAAAGUCAUCUCUGCCCUCCAACUAUUCCUUGACGAAGUUCAAUGGCGAACUUUGGCGGAGAACAUAGAGAGACUGACGGUCCGGAAAGCUUCCUCCGUUGCAGGUCUCGACCUUCUGAAGCCAGUCGAGACUCUGAUCGGAUAUCCAUUCAAUGACCGUUCGUUGCUGGCCGAAGCCUUGACUCAAUCGUCUCUCGGAAGAGGUGUUUCGUCCUAUGAAAGACUUGAGUUCCUGGGUGACGCCAUUCUCGACCACAUUGUCAAGACGAGGCUAUUCGACAGCCCGCUCAUGCUCGACCCUGAACAAAUGACACUCCGUCGUCACGCCCUUGUCAGCCAUGCCACGCUUGCUUUUUUCGCCUUACAAGCAUCACAUUUCCGCAGCACCAUUGAUCUGAAGACUGACUUCCGCUCACAGAAGACAAUCCAACAAGAAGCGACAACGACUGUCUUUCUCCCUGACUACAUCAAGCGUCUUGGCAGUCGGCAAGACUCGGCAAGCCGAGAGUUGACGCUGGCGGCGUAUAACGAGAUCCGCGACACGAUACUUACGAGCUUCGAGCAGGGAAGGAUCUUCCCAUGGUCGGCACUCUUGCACCUGCGAGCUCCAAAGUCCUACUCGGACAUAAUCGAGUCAAUCCUCGCCGCUGUCUUCAUCGAUUCUGGUGGGAAUUUUGAUUCAUGCAUAAUGGUCCUCGACAAGCUUGGAUUCAUGAAAUUAGUGCACCGAUUCGUCACAGAGCGAGACCUGGACGUGCGACAUCCAGAAGCACUUCUAUCCCAGGCUGCGAUGGACUGCAAGCUGGUCGUGAGUAACAGAAAGACUGGGUGGCGUUGCAAGGUCAUGCUGAAUGGAGAACGGAUCGCACAUGCCAAGAGAGCGAGUUGCAAGGACGAAGCGCAAUGCAGAGCAGCUGAGCAUGCACUUCUGGUCCUUUCGAGGAAGAGGAAGGCGGAAUCCCUGGAGCAGGAAAACCCUGCGGCGUCCGCUCAGAAAGAGGUGGAGCCAGAUACCAUCGACGAUGAUGAGAAUGAGUGAUCGGGACAGGAUCGCAAGUGCCUACGGCGAAGGAGAAAGAGAACGACAACAGGCUUCCUGAAGGGCAGGUAUCAAAAGAAACGAAGUCAUGAAUGGCACUUCCAUGAUGUUAUGGGUAACGAGGUUGUCACGAGUAAUGAGUCACGAACGAACCACGAAUACGCCACGAAUGACCAGAAGAUACGUGUUUCAAAUGCAGUGUUUUCUGUUUUCCUCUCAGCGUUUA